GCGCGGGCCGCAGGCGGCACAGCAGCAUGGAGAGCGGCGCGGCGGCCUCCUCCUACCCGCUGCACAGCUGGCACCCGCACGUGUACGCCCAGCCGCCCAAGAGUCCCACGCCGCACUCGAUCGCGCACAUCCUGGGAAUACGCGACGACACCCGGAACAACGACCAGCCACUCAACCUGUCGUGUCCGGGACGCACGACUCAGCCGUCGUCGCCCGGCCUGGCCGCCUCGCCGAGGGCCUCGUCGACGCACGACGCCAAGACGGCCCCGUCGCCGCUGCCCGCGCUCGGGACCCCCAGCCUGCCGCACGCCGACGCCCAGCUGGCGCUGCCCAAAGGCGUGCAGCGGCCAGCGCCCGUGCCAAAGGGCGCCAAGAGGAAGAAGGAACCGGGAGGCCGGGAGUCCGAGCAGCCGUCGGCGGCGGCGUCACCGACGCCCGCCGUGACCAACCCGGGAGGCAGCCCCGGCAUCCCGUCCGGCGCCAGCCCCGGAGCCCAGCAGCCGAACCCGGCGAGCCGGGCCCGGCUCUCGGAGAGCCCCGUCAACGGCGGAGAAAGUGGCGACAAAGCUGCCCGCAAGAAGAAGGCGCGCACCACGUUCACGGGACGACAGAUCUUCGAACUCGAGAGGCAAUUCGAGAUAAAGAAGUACCUGUCGUCCAGCGAGCGCGCGGAGAUGGCUAAACUACUAAACGUCACCGAGACGCAGGUGAAGAUCUGGUUCCAAAACCGGCGCACGAAGUGGAAGAAGCAGGAUGGCAUUUCCAACGCCGAGGCGGCCGAGCUGAAGAUCGGCGAGAAGGCGGCCAAAGCUAAGGGCACCGCAGCCGUGGCCAAGGUCUCCUCCAGUGAGCAGCCACUGGGCCUGACCAAGGCAGCCGGUGGUGCCAAUAGCCCGCUGCUUCCAGCUGCCGGCAGCAACAGCUCGUCUGCGCUUAGCGUCAACCACCACAGCUUCUCUGGAACCAACUCCGCCAAGCCGUCUCCGUGCGGCGUGAGUGAUCUCAGCAACCUUUCUUCUUCGGGCGACCGAACCGACGACAGCUCGCAGCACUACCCGCACUCGUCCGACUUGGACAAGAUGGAGAACGGCACCGCGGCCCUCAGCUCGGACGGCGCGGACGGCGCGUGCAGGGACUCCUCGCCCAGUCUCGGCUCCGAGCAGCGGCCGUUCCGGGAAGCCGCCGCCGAGCUGACGUCCCGAACCGGAGCGGCGGCCGCCGCCAAGCAGCACGGCGACAGCUUCGGGAUCGUGCCCAGCCCCAGGUCGUCGGCAGUGUUGGUUUGUGACGAGACGGACAAGUUCCAGGACAGCGGGCAGGUGGAACAGUGACCCGCGAGCCGAGACUAGGGCUUGCGCGGGGUGCUCGCUCUGGCAGCAGCUACACGAUUGCCUUCUCCGCCCGUGGUGCACGCGCUCGCUUGGGCCUGGUUUGCGACCUCCGACAAACGGCGGGGCGGCGCUUCACGUGGCGCUGAGCUGCUGGCCACGUCUUCCCCGAAAAUGCCGCGUGGCCGACCCUUGGCCAGGACCGCUUGAAAGGGUGCCGUGAGGUCGGGGAAAGCGCCUUCUGAGGCCCUGUAAGGAUGGAAGACCCCUGUGUGGGCCGGAACCGUUGCAAUCUCAGACGGGAGUCGAGAUGAUGACGCUUUCAACAGUGAUCGCGAUCUGCCCUGGCGCAUUUUUGUUUCCUCUUCGAAGGCUGUACAAGGACCAUGUGCAAGAGUGUGCCAUUAACCAUCAUGUUUCACCAGCUCAGCUAUUUAUUUUUCGACAGGUCACCGCGAGAACAAAUUAUUCAGUUGAUAAUUUUGUUCGAAAGCACCGCUCAGACCACCGAUUAACGCGACGAGUAAAUUGACAAUGUCGCGAUAUAUAUGAUCGCAGUGAGUUGAGAAAUAGUUGUUGGCAACUAACUAUUGGCAAACAGUUGGCAAAUAGAAACUGCUUUCGAUUUAGCGCAGUUGGAAAAUGGCAAGUGCGUGAAGGUUAGCCUAAGAUGCUAAACAGUGAAAGCUUCUAAGGCUCUUACACUAAUCUAACCUGGCUUCCUUGACCGGCGUAUUAUGUGCUUUUUCGCAAUGCUCGACAUUUCAGCGUCAAAUACUCCAUUGAAAAUCCUAUUGGGCAAGAACCAUUCUACAUGGAGAAAGAAAAUGCGACAUAGUUUCUCGCACCACCUUCCUAAUUCUUCGAUGUGAAUACGGUUUUUUUGUGAAAAACCCCCAUACAUCUUAUAACGCUCUCUUGACACAAGAUGUUGCCUUGUUUCGCUCAUACUUUAAUCAGUACUUCCUGAUGUCAAUGGAAACGGCGUGACAAUAUUCAAUGAAGCUGUGUAGCCAUGUAUGCGCCGACUCACCUGACACCCGAUAAUUGCAGCGCACCGAUUGUGACAGUAAUCAUUAAGGCAAAACCUCACGACAUGGGUUAAUGAACAUUUCACCUGAACGUGCCUAAGAUCCACACACGCAGCCCUUUUAUGAGUAUAUUGUCUUCUCUCCGCAUUGCCACUAUUGGUUACUUCCCUGAGCCCAGCGCUAAUGCUAAUUGGAACAGUGCUUAAAAUUUGAUCAGGAGUAACGUAACCCUUAGGGCUUCUUGCAUUCACUCCUCUUAUUGUUAAAUAUGUGCAACGCUGAUGGAAGCAGUUGAGUGCAUAUUCAACUCAUCUCUACUCUUUUCGAAAGGUAACAUAAGUGCUUCGCGUAUCUGUAUUCGCCUUUCAUCCCCCCCCCCCCUCUAAAGAAAAGCGGGGGAGGCGAGCUCAUGAAUCAUUUGCUGCAUUUUCAGCAUUGUGUACACCUUAGGGCAUGUAUGCAAUGAAUCUGACAAAAAACAAAACAAAAAUAAAGAAUACACGAUAUUUAACUCUAUUACAGUCAGUUAAUACGCAGUAACCAGCUUGUGUGCACUGAGGCGAUUUAUUUACAUGUAAGUUCAAAAAAAAAAAAAGAACGACAGUCCUUUAUCAAGAUCUCUGUUUGUGUCCGUCGGGUGUUCAUUACUGCGACUAAAUGCUCGUGCAGUUGUACACCGUUGCCCACAUGUGGCAUGUUAACGUUCAUCCCAUGCCCUCCAUUGAUAUAUAUUUUGUCACACGCCACAUUCUUUUGAACAGUGCCACAAAGGACGAAGAAAAAAGGCACAGGACAGAGCGCUGACUUACAACCAAAUGAAUAAAUAAUUUGGUUGUAAGUCAGCGCUCUGUCCUGUGAUUUUUUUUCUUCGCACUGCGUCACGUUGUUCAAAAAUCAGCUCUGUGACCAGAUGUACUAACCAACCCAAAUGAACACGCUGCUGAUAUAUAUUUGUUUAUUCAAAAAUGCUAGUAUAACUUUCUUCAUCGUUUAUUAAAUGUGUAUUAAGCCUCAGGGUCCUACAGUUCGUAGUGCCUAAUUAUUCUUAAGGUUCAAAAUUACUGUAAGGCAGCGUACUCGAUAUCUUACAGCUUUUUUAGACCGUUCGUAAUCGUUUGAGAAAAUUGAGGUAGUACCUUUGGCUCACGCGUAUGGAUACUUACGGACUUUACUAAGAUAUGAGCGAAACAAUGCAAACUUCUUGUUUCCCUAACUCCCCAGUAAUGGUGGCAUCGUUAAAUUCAUGCAGCUUAAAAUAACGACCGGACAGUGACAGGCCAAGCUUGGUAGAAUAUGUUGAGAAUCGGAAUCAGAACUUCAAUAAUACGCUAGGGGUUCUUCAGGCGAAACGCUGCUGCAAACAGCUCGGAGGUGCUUGAAGGCCCUGCAUGAGAGCGUGACAGCCAGCGCAAUUGAGGGGAAACAGUUCUACAUCGCGCAAAUGUACAUCGGUACAUCUUGUGAGCAAAUGGUUACACUGAAAUCGGGCACGAUGGGGAACAGGUCAUGCACGACAUGCUAAAGCGUCCAGUAUUGUGCGCAAGACUUCUACGGCUACUAGGCUGACUCAAGUCGUCUUGCACUUGCCACAUUGUUCACCGAGAGCUUUAUAAGACGGAUGAUGUCUAAUGAACACGAAGCUGUGAGGUGGUGGCAAGCGUAUGUUCCUCCAGACAGGAUUUUAUUGAUUUUCCCUUGGUGCCAGAAAUAGGGCAAGCGCCGAAACCGUCAGCUGUUAAAAGCGUUUUUUUUAUGACAGGACUUCCGUUAGUCAUGCGCACACAGAAACGCUUUAACAGCACAGCUGAAAGCACGCUUUCGUCAACAUUGUACAGCGUAUGCGUGGAGGUCACUUAUGUUUCACCGUAUUGAGCGGUGGUGUCAUCAAUCAUUGCAUGUUUGUGUAAAGUGUGUUGCUUUUCUGCAUUCAGAAGUGUAAACUAAGAGAGCUACAGACGGUGUGUUUCCGCCCUUGUUCUAAAUGGUUAUGGAUGUACCCGGAAAUACAUUCUUCCUAUAUCAAGCUAACGGGAAUACGUAAAACAAAUGAACGCGCUCAGUUUCCAUCGCGUCGCUAUUCAUUAUGCGCGGUUAACAGUUCCUUUAGUGCUCCGUCUAAUUUGUCGAUACACAGAGCCUUUCGUGCUAAUCUUGCUUUACUGCUCACGAAUUGCAAAUAUCCGCGGUGAAGCAACGUAGUUGCUUUGCGGUGCGGCCGUCUGAGGCCUUCUCUACCAUGCCACUCGGUAAGAGAAACCUGAUAGGCGAAGUGCUUAAACCUUCGGUUACUUUUUUGGCACGUAUGGUAUCUGCAAUCAAAAUAAUUUGCAAACCAAGUGAGUAAGAUGGGGAAAAAAGCGGUAGAAGUCAUAAGAGAAUGUUUUCUUCGUUUCGAGACCUUUCGGCAGAGCUGCGCACUUUACAUACGAAGGAGGCAUUGUUGAAACUUGUAUGGUAAUUACAUUUCCUCAUGUCUCCUUGCCUUUGAUUGCGAGGCAAGGCGCCUGGAGUUCCACAGGGUAUUUACACACGACUCAUACUAGCCGCAGUACAGGUGUUUACGAAUAAUGGAAUUUGUGCAUUAAAAACAACUACACGCUUCAAGCUCCUGGGCAAAACAGGCUUGUGGCGAGUUUCACUGAACAAAGGCAGGAGAAAGGCUCUAGCCUCCCGACCGUCUUGAUAUCCACUGUCAGAUAACGUUACUUUUGUUCUGGUUUUCCGUUUCUUUAGGACCUGCUUCUCGCACUUCUUUAAAGCGCUUUGAUGUAGGAACAUUUGCCAUUUCUAAUCGACAAUGAGCAGGUACUUUGAGGAGUGUCACUGGCUUUGACAUCAAUUUUCUGUCAGCUCGUAGUGGUGAAACAUUCCGCACUACACUUGUUGAGUUAAUUGCAUGAUGUGCCAGAAUAUAGCUUUACAUUAAAUGUAGAAGGGAAAAUACAAAUUUGAAGUUCUAUCUGGAAAUACUCAGAGUAUUGGCUGAACCCUGAUAUAGCGGCCUUUGAGUUACGAAGUCUCUUGACGCUGACUUUUUUGCGUCGUGUGUAGGUGUUUGAGUCAGCGUUGUCCGUAUAAUACCACCGGUUCUUAUGUCUCGUCAUAAUGUCGUUCAUAACGGGUGACUAUAGUGUUAGCCAUUUUGCAUGAUGCACUAUAUUUGUGCUGCCAGGCUGAUGCAGUUCGAAAUACUUUCAACUAAAGAGAGGAGUGGGUGUUGUUGAGGUGACAUUACUGGGUCAGGCCAUGGCAUUAGCCAUUGAUCGCAUUUUUUUUUCUUUCUAACGAAGGUCGUCCUUGCCAUAUACUACUGCAUUCUUGAAUGUGUGUCGAGAAUGUUCAUCGCCUAUUUAUUUGCAGAUAUAACAGAUAUAUAAAUAUGUAAAUAAGUAACAUACGAUGCGCGAGAAGAAGCAUCGCGAUGAGUGUUGUUAGUCGAGCUUAUUUUUUUACUACUGAUGUGUAGCGAGAGGAAUUAUGGUCCGCAGCGGGUAGCAACGCACUUGGCUCGUCGGGUGCGGUACGUACAUGAUUCGGUUCGUGAACACACUAAAUAGCCCCACGAAUAUUUGAACCCUGCUGUACGACUAGGGGAUGGAAAGGGAGCAGAAAGGUGAUGGCUCUUGGCUACUUCUCAAAAAAGAUGAUUCUCAAUUUUUAAAAAAAGGGGGAGGGGAAAAGAAAACAAAAAAAGGCUCACGACGCAUUGUUUACGUGCAUUCCCGACAAGGGCAAAUGGCGACAAGUUUCCGCGCAAUGAGCUUGGCCUACCUCAUCGCAAUCGUGGUCAUUGCACUCAUCGGCACUUCAUUGUUAAGGCGAUUGUUUCUAAAAAAUUUGAAGACGCCCCCCUUUUUUUUUGCGAGCACACAAAAAAAUCGCGGGAAGGAACUUACCACCGCCAACCCGGAGCAAACCCAACCAAGCAGCCUGUAUUACUUGUCAAUACCAUCAACGCUUUAAAAAUGCUGGUGUUAAAAGUGUAAGUCACUGCCAGUUUUUGAAAGAGUCAUGGAGGCAGUGAUAGUGAAAGCGAAAAUGCCCAUCCACCUGAAGUAGCACGAGGCUACUAAUCAAUGCCAUACGGAUUCCUUAGAAAGAAAGCUUCGCAGAUGGUACUGCAAUGAUCAGUGAAUCUACAAAUCGAAAUGCGGCGACAUUUAUAAGCAAAUAAGUUCUGCAGGAUUUCUGCAGCACUCCGUUGUUUAUUUAACGAGUCAAUAAUCAUUUGCACCCAUGAGUAACAUUUCUUGUAGACCGACAUAUCUCACAUAAAAUUUAAAAAAAAGACCAGAUAGAAGAAUACAGCAUAUGUAUUUAAUCCAACUCUUAUGUGUUUUAAUUACGAGGGCAAACAAAAUUUACUCGCACGGCGCUACAACAACAGUUUGUAGCAUUAGGAUUUCUUGCCUGAAAAUCGCAUAUCGAAACAAAUACGGUUAUCGUGGCAAAUACUGAAUGAAGGUAGUCACUUACUGAUCGGUGCUUACCAGCAUCGAACCUACGUAGGACAUAGAACCUGUCCAGGUUUUUGCUUUGUUGCCGUUCUCUGUUCGGUGCAUGUCUGGUGCACCGGCAUAGUGGCGUGUUUGCACCGUCAUGCAUGUAUCGCGAAAUAUUUCAACGCGCAUAGCAAGCGCUUCAGCGCAUUCCUGGUGAAAACCUUUUCUGCUGCGUCAUACCGUCGGACAUCAGAUCACAUACCCGGAAAACACAAUAUGGACUAGACAGAAGGUACAUAUAGAUGUCUGUGCACUUAUCCAGUCUUAUGAAAAUUGACUCCCAUGAGAUAGUCAAUAGAUGCUUUGUAGAAAUCAAUGGAUUCACAUUUUAUUAUUUGUGUGUUUGGUUAUUGGUUUUAUCCUGUUAUGUCAGGUCAUUCAUGUGUUACAACGUAUCACUUGUAAUUGUCAUCAAGAGAAACUUAAGAAUUGUGUUAGGAGAAACUCGGUGAUUUAAUUUUCAUGCUUCUGGUAGAUACCCAAGCGUGCUUUUCUGUUUGAUCUCGGUGACAGACUUUGUGAUUUGGUUGUGCCAAAUCCGGUUGUACACUUUUUGAAUUGUGCAAUAUAUAAUAUUGUUUUCUUUUAUUC